UAAAAAAACAGAAAGAAAAAAUGCACAAGGAUCCACAUGCAAAACAUAAACCUUGUAAAUAGUUUGACAAAACUCGCUGUUUAAUCACUUGUUUGAUUUUCUAGGAAAGGUCUAAAGAUUCACAUUAGUUCUGCUAGAGAUGGCUGGGGGUGUUUAUAUCGAUGAUACUGGAGUAAAACAUUAUGAGGCUAGGGUCACUUCCUUUGUUUUAGUGACUUGCAUGGUAGCGGCCACAGGUGGUCUCAUCUUUGGUUAUGACCUUGGAAUUUCAGGAGGGGUGACCUCCAUGGAAGAAUUUCUCAAGUUGUUCUUCCCAUCAGUUUAUAAGAAUCAGAAAAAUGAAACUGGUCAUGAGAAUAAUUGGUGCAAAUUCGACAGCCAGCUUCUGACAUUGUUUACCUCUUCCCUUUAUCUUGCUGCUUUGGUAGCUUCCUUCUUUGCUUCUGUAAUGACGAGGAAAUUUGGUCGAAGAUUGUCCAUGUUAUUCGGAGGUUUUAUUUUUUUCCUUGGCGCUAUCAUUAAUGGUGCUGCUAGGAACAUUGAAAUGCUUAUCAUUGGACGUGUGCUUCUUGGUGUAGGCGUUGGGUUUGCUAAUCAGUCCGUUCCCGUUUAUCUAUCAGAAAUGGCACCUGCAAAGCUUAGA